AAUGUGUUAAAGUCAGCAGAAUCUGAAUGCAAGCAAUGGUCACGUACAACAUGGAUGGUUCGCAAAGAAUGAGCCGCCCUCGACGCGGUUCGAGUGUAUCCUCCGGUUUCCGGCUGAUGGAUGCAGACCACCUAGACACGAUGUCCAGCAUUAGUCGAAACAGUAUAUACAAGCUGAAGAUAGAUGCAAUGUUUGACGAUACGAGGUCGAUCAUAAGUCAGCGGUUAGAUGAUCGCAGCUCACAAAACGGCCGUCGCCGCUCAUCAUCGAUCAGUGGGCUGAGUCGGGGCAGUCUCGCCGGUGCCAUCAUAAACGAUCGUGACAAUCUGGACAUCAGUGCGGUGGCAAGCAGUUUGCGCGAUUUCGGUGGUGCCGGCGGCGGCACAUCGGUGCUGAGUCCGGCCGGAGCUGCGGCAGCUCCAAGCGGUACGGCAGCAGGGAACGCUGGAGCGAACGGUCCUGGCGGAGGCGCCGGAGUUUCGCGACAUGGCAGCGAUGCACGACGGGAGAUCAGUAACAGCGUGCAGGCUCAGAUCGAGCGCAUGUUUACGGACGUGGCAAAGGAGAACGGUGGCUCAACCACGGCCAAUGUACAAAGCUUCAGUGUGCGAUGUCUGGGUUCGCUGCCCCUGAAGGAUAAGGUGACGAGUCUCGUUGGACUGCAGGAGCCCCUCAGGCAGCUGUACUUAAGUGGCGCCGGGCAUGGGACGCAGACGGGUGGAUCGCUUGACAUCAGCCCGAUUGGGUUGCGUAUUAGGGCGGGCAGUGGUAAGGAACCGGCCGUUACACCCUUCCAAAACAUUGCCGUCUGGUCGGCGGUAAAGUUCGUCGUAUCCGGUGCUGAAGGUGGUGCCGCCUUUUUGCCACUCAUCACCGAUCCGGAAAACAUCGACAAGAGCUCAUUGUUCCGUCCGCUAAGUGCCGCCGAUAAGCGUCGGCUUUCGUCCGGCAUUCACUCGCCGCUGUUUGCGAUCGUGAUGCGAUCUACGACCGUGCCACGCCAGCUAGAAUGCCACGGGUUCGUCUGCCAGACGCCGGAAGAUGCCAUUGUGAUUGCGGCAACGCUCUACCAAAGCCUGAUGGCGCACAUGAGCAGUGGCGAUAAUCAACGCCCGAAGCGUCCCAAGAAUCGAAAUGGUGUCAGCUGCAUGAGCAUUGCGAGCAGCACCGUGACCACCAACACCCACCUACAGAGUGGUUCCACCAAGCUGUCCUCCAGGAGAUCAAGCGCCAGCCAGCGAAGCAUGCUACCGCCACCACCGAGACCGCCGCGCAUGAAGCGCAGCGCCACGAGUUCGCUGAGCGGUGAAAGUGAUGCCGUCGUAGGCGUCAAUGAUGAUGAGUCGUCGACCGAGGAACGGCGAAAGAAGAACGUCAAGAACAAACGGCCACCACCGAUUCCACCAAACCCACCGCGGGCAAUCUCUAACAGGCCGAUGCUGGACGAUAUCUACACCGAUCGUAGCCAUUCGAAUGACGAGAAUGGUAUUGCUGCCAAGGAGGGCCCAUACCCUGCGCUCACCGAUAACUCGACCGGGGACAUACUGACCCGGGUGGCCAUACCGCGCUCCGGCAGCUUCCUGAAUACGGCCGGCCUAACAAGGUACAAAUCGCGCGCCACCCGGCGGCACACGGGCAAGGUGGGCGGUGGGGGCGGAUCUCCGCUCGGGUUCAGUGAGCUGUUCAACGAGUUCCGGCUGCAGGAGAAUCUGCACUCGCUGGACGAGAUCCUGAAUGCCAUAAUUAACUCGGACGGUAUGUCGUUCAACGAUCUGAAACCGAUCUACAAAGAGUUUCUGCUCAAGCUGGCCGUCACGCUGACGAAGGACGAGCUGUACCAGCGCUCGAAAAGCAUCAUGCGCCGGCAGAAGAAGAAAAAGUUGAAGCGAAGAAACAGUAACGUGCAGAACCAGCGACGAAAACUUCUGAUUGGGGCCAAAGGUCUCAAGAAGGUGUUUCGGUUCGGUAAGUUUCGCAGCAAAAAAAGCACGGGCAGCAACACCGGAGGAGCUCAUACAGGGGGCGGUCAUGGCGUCGGCAACGGGCGAACUGGUGGCCACGGAAACGGAACUGCUGGGCACGGUGGUGGGCACGGAGCGAGCGGGCACGGUACGGCGACGAGUGGCCGGGUCCAUCAGCUCGCAGACCAGCUAUCACUGGAUCUUAAAGCGGCCGGAAAGAAGGACCGAUCACGAAUUGCAACUAGUGGUUCAGAAGUUUCAGACGCUCGACAUGAGCAUACACUGACCGCGCACAACAGGAACAGCUCGAGCGGCUAUGUGUCGUGUUCGGAGUGUAGCUAUGAUUCGGAUGCAUGUACCUGUACCUCGGCCGAUCGCUGCUACUGCAGCUUGGGCGGGGAUGACAUCAAUGCCAAACUCAACCAGGCCAGCAACCGUAGUUCGGCACCGAGUUGUCGUAGCGAGGACAAGUGCUACUGCUCGAUGGGCGAAACACCGAACGAGGAAGGCUCGACGACCUGGUGCGAUACGGACAGUUGCAUCAGUAACGAGAAGUGCUACUGCUCGACACGCCACGGACAGGUCGCUAAGUGUGGUGGCGGUGGUACGGCCGGUGUUCACAGUGUUGGUAAGCUUUCCGGCACUAAACCGACCAAGGUGGACAAGUUGGCAUUGGACUAUGAGCUGUUCACCGUUGGCGGUAGUGGGCGUCCAGUAAAAGCCUCCGAAGCGUUGAGCGUUAAGAAAACGGUGGAAGUUGCGGCCGAGUUUGCCGAUGUGAAGCUUAGUCAAACGACUGACAUUACGAACCUGAAGGGUGAUCCGCAAUCGAGCGCCACAUCCGGCAGCUCAUCGUUGGCAUCCACCACGAAGAAGUCCAGCGACCAUCGGAAUGCUUCGAGUCGUCAUCACGGCCAUAAUCACCAUCAUACGCACAUCCAUCGCGAUCAGGAAAACGACCAGAAACGAUCGAACGGUGCUCAGGUUGGUCAGGUGACGAGCGGUGGCAGCAGCAAUAGUAAUCUGCACUACCAUCGCCAUCACUACAGCACUAGCACGAAGAAAAAGAGUCUACCGGUCCAGCUUCCGGGCAGCGACUAUCAGUACAUUCACUCGACGCAGUCAGACUUGAUAGUGCGCAGCGGUAAACAAGAGCUAAAGAAUCCGAAACGCUUGACCAAGUCGGAGAGCUACUAUCAAGCUGGCCGACCCGUGAGUUCUUCGCUCGGACUGGAGGAUUCGUUGGGCUAUCUGCCGUAG